AUGGCCUCCUCUUCCAACGCCGGGGACCGUCCCGUGUACGACUAUACGGAAGGGGCGACACCUAUUGAAAUCAACCAAGCCUUAGUCAAUGCUCGACGGUCCCGCCGGGAUUCACAAUACAGCACAUACUACGACGAUGAAGGCGAAGGGUCCAUGUUCUCUGGACCCGGUCAUGGCGCCAACCCAAGCAGUGUAUCCAGAAUGUCGAGAAUUGAACUUGGGAGAAGGAGCAGUGACAUGCGGUCGAGGAGGAAGAGUAUCGAAUCCAGCCGCCGUAGGAGGUCGCAUUCACGCCACUCAGGCCGAAGCGCGGCGAGGUCCUCACUAUUUGGAGACGACGAUUCGUACAACAGUGCCGAUAGCGAUGACGGACUAUCAAUAGGCCACGGGGAUAUCGCGUCCACCUCCACCAAGCGUCGAAGAGCACGGAAAUCCCUCUCUCCUCCCUCACGUUCUGUGUUUGGCGGUUUCGCGAAUCUGUUCUCUCGGGCAGAAUCUCCACCACCGCGUGGCGGUAGACGGCGGUCGAUAUCUUCCAGUCGUGCGUCUCGGCGGAGCCGAAGAUCACUGGACGCCGCAUCCGAAAAUGCUCUGCUCACAGACAGUGAUGAGGAGGAGCGUUGGGGUUAUUCUUCCGGGGAAGAGGAUUCAGAAGAAGAAGAAACAGGGCUUGGUAUGGGCGACACCGAAUCUAUUACCGCGAGCAUGCAAUACGACUCCGAUUUCCACAGCACUCACGAAGGGGAGACGCGACUUCCGAUGAUGGACAUAGACCCGGUUUUUGGAGGAGAAGCCCGAGUAGACAUGGAAAUGUCGACUUUAUUGGAGCCUCCUCCAAUAGGCCCCCCGAGCCGACAAACCAUCUACAUCCCGGACGAGGAUAGUACCAUUCGUUUCAUUGGAUACGAAACCAUCUCUUCGAGGGCUUUCCUUUGGAGAGUUGGGUGUGUUUUAUCCCUCGGUAUCCUUGCUCUCCUUGGACACUGGUUUCCGAACCUGUGGCUAAACUGGGUUGCCCGGGAAAAGGCAUUCAUUGACGCCAAAAAUGGGUUCGUGGUCGUCGAGGCAGCUUAUCGGGCGGUUACACUACUUCCAAUCCGAUCUAUUCCAUACCCCUACCCUUUGGACACCGUCUUUCCGAAAGAACCUAUAUUGGGUCCCGGUCAAGAGCUUCUGAAAGCAUCCCUGGAUGACUGGAGUGAGGCCACAGGAGUUUUGAAGCGCCUAUUGAUUGUGGACUAUCGCUACACAAGGUUCGCGCUAGAUCCCAGGCUGGGCUUGUUCAGCCUUGUCAGAGACUGGCGGGAUUCGUCAUGGACAGCAGCUUCUGUGCUUCAAGGCGUUGAUAGUCAUACACAACACCAACGACAAUUGCUUUUUGGGCCCAACGAGAUUGAUAUUGAAACUAAAUCUACACCGACACUACUGGUUGAAGAGGUCAUCCACCCUUUCUACGUUUUCCAAAUCGCCAGCAUCAUACUUUGGUCUCUAGACAGCUAUUACUACUACGCCUUCUGCAUUGCUCUCAUUUCUACGGCGAGCAUCACCUCUACACUGGUAGACACGAAGAGGACAAUCGCUCGCAUGCGUGAGAUGUCCAGGAUCGUGUGCAAUGUGAAUGUUCUGCGGGAUGGCGAAUGGGUCGAGAAGGAUUCGAUCGAUCUUGUUCCCGGAGACGUCCUGAAUCUGUCCACAUCAACUAUCACCACACUCCCAGCAGACAUUUAUCUUCUAUCCGGUGAUGCCAUCGUCAACGAAAGUAUGUUAACGGGGGAGAGUGUUCCGGUCAGCAAGAUUCCGGUGAAAGAUGAAGACCUCGUUCAAUGGCGAGAAGAGAAAUCUGAAAAUCCAAGGUCAUUUAUGUAUGGUGGAACUCGCGUUGUCCGCAUCCGCGGCAUAGUUGCAGCAGAUGGCACCAGUAAACCAGCUCUUGGAAUGGUUGUUCGGACAGGUUUCAACACAACGAAAGGAUCUCUUGUCCGAUCUAUGUUAUUCCCGAAACCUAUAGGCUUCAAAUUCUAUCGCGAUUCCGUUCGUUUCAUUGGCUUCCUCGCAUGUAUCGCCAUGGUGGGGUUCGCUUUCAGCGCCGUUCAAUUUGUCAGAAUGGGGAUUCCAUGGCACACCAUCAUCGUCCGCGCCUUGGAUCUCAUCACGGUCGUGGUCCCGCCAGCUCUUCCUGCAACACUAUCCAUAGGCACCAGUUUCGCCAUCGGGCGUCUACGGAAGUCAGGUAUAUUCUGCAUCUCACCGAGUAGAGUCAACGUCGCCGGGAAAAUCAAUGUCUGCUGUUUCGACAAGACAGGGACCCUCACGGAAGAUGGCUUGGACAUUCUGGGUAUUCGACCCUUGGAACGAAAUGUCCAACAGUUCGGAGAGUUGCUUGAAGACAUCCAUGACCUUCCGAUGGGGAAUCAGAAAGCCAACUUUUUAUAUGCCCUCGCGACUUGCCAUUCCCUCAAGAUGGUUGAUGGAACAGUGAUCGGUGACCCACUCGACGUGAAGAUGUUCGAGUUCACCAAAUGGACUCUCCAGGAAGCUCGUGCUGGAAUCGGAAAUAUCAAGUCCAAGGGUGCGGUAGUGGACCAAGCUGCUCUGGUUCAAGUUGUUGUACGGCCCCCUGGUGGAGCAGAGUUCAAGUUGGAGGAUGCAUUGAGAGGUUCUGCCAAGCACGCGUAUUUCCUUGAAUUAGGCGUGAUCCGGACUUUCGAGUUUGUUUCAGCCUUGAGAAGGAUGAGCGUCAUUGUCAAGCGACUGAAAAGCACCAGCAUGGAAAUCUACGUCAAGGGUGCACCUGAGGUCAUGGCAGACAUUUGCGAACCGGAUUCCUUCCCCCAAGAUUAUGACGAUCUUCUAUCGUAUUAUACCAAGCGUGGUUAUCGAGUCAUUGCCGUUGCUGGAAAGAGCAUCGAAGGGCUGUCCUGGUUGAAGGCCCAGCGGAUGAAACGGGAGCAAGCGGAGGCAGGCCUUCGUUUCUUAGGAUUGGUUAUCUUCGAGAACCGACUCAAGCCAGGAACGACACCAGCUAUUCAAGCACUGCGUUCGGCGAAUUUGGCAUGUCGUAUGAUCACAGGCGACAAUCCUCUCACUGCUGUGAGUGUUGCAAGAGAAUGCUCACUGAUCAGCCAAGCCGCACAUGUCUUUUAUCCUACCUUCUCCCAUGGCAAUGCAUCUAUUCCGACCUCUAAACUCGAAUGGAGCUGUAUGGACGACCCUCUCUGGCAGCUAGAUUCUUAUAGCCUGAAACCUCUGACGCCCCCGCCUCACCAUACCGUUGAAGGAGAAAUUGCCUAUCAGGACUACUCCCUGGUGCUCACAGGAGACGUGUUCCGCUGGAUGCUUAACUACGCCCCCCUGGAAACUCUGCAAAGAAUGCUCGUCAAGGCUCAAAUCUUUGCUCGCAUGUCGCCCGAUGAGAAGAACGAAAUCGUUGAACGCCUUCAGGCACUUGGGUAUACCGUCUUGAUGUGCGGAGAUGGUGCCAAUGAUUGUGCAGCACUUAAGGCUGCUGAUGUUGGCAUCUCUCUGUCAGAAGCUGAGGCCAGCGUAGCAGCGCCAUUUACCUCCAAUACACCGGAUAUCGGCUGUGUCCUUGACGUGAUUCGGGAAGGCCGAGCAGCCCUCGUAACUAGUUUCAGCUGCUUCAAAUAUAUGGCCUUGUAUUCGAUCAUCCAGUUCACGUCGGUCACGCUAUUGUAUUCGUUUGCCUCGUCUUUGGGAGAUUUCCAGUUCCUUUACAUUGAUCUGUUCAUUAUCAUACCCAUCGCUGUUACCAUGGCGCGCACGUUGCCAUAUCCUCGUAUCUAUCCGAAACGACCGACCGCAAACCUUGUAUCAAAGAAGGUUUUGGCGAGUAUCAUCGGCCAAAUUUUAAUCACAAGCGGUAUCCAAGGGUGGGGAUACCUUUGGGUUAGACGGCAACCAUGGUACACACCUCCACCGGAAGUUAUCCCGCGAACGGGGGGCAACAGUCUCGAAUCCACCAACUUUGAAAACACGACAUUGUUUUUGAUAUCAUGUUUCCAGUAUAUCCUUGUUGCUGCCGUGUUCAGUAUAGGCCCUCCAUAUCGCAAGCCCAUGUACACAAACGGAUGGCUCAUGUUCUCGAUGGGCCUGUUGCUGGCCGUGAACAUUUGGUUGCUGCUCUCACCUUCGAAAAUGAUCGUGAAACUGUUGACGCUGAUGGCAUUGCCCAUGUCAGGGAGGUUCACACUGAUCAUGGUGGCUGCAGCGAACGUCGCUCUUUCCAUGGCUUUUGAGAAGUGGGGAACAGAGAUCACGAGCCACCUCAUCGGUGGGAUCCAGCGAUGGCUGAACAGAGACCGGUGGAAGGUCCGGGAAGGGAAAGCGUACAAGGCUGUGGAGGGAGGGAUGCACUGA